GUGUUUACAUCAGCCAAUCAGCUGUCGGAUUUGAGUGUAACGGGGAGUGAGAUGACCUGGUCUGGCACACUUUCCUCGGCGGGUUAAGGACGAGAAGAAAAUAGUCCUAACCGCAAGCAUUACUGCUUUGGCUUCAGCUCUUCAUUGGAGCGUAAUCGCAAAGCAACCUUCAUUUUGUAAAGACUGGGCAUCUAUUGAGUGUUUUUAAUGUUUUUCUGUGAGUUAAAAAUAUACUAAACGCUGUGAAUAACAUAUCAAGCGCUUAACGUGAUGGCGAAUUAUAAAGGUAGAACCGGAAGACGCAAGCUCGGCAUAUCCGAAUGGGCGAUUUUUUCCGGACCAGCAGGCCAAGAAUUCCCUCCUUACAGUUAUACGCCAAUGCCAAGCGAAGAGCCACAAAAUUUAUGCAUUAGAGCACCACCAACACAACGUCGGACGACAAUUUUAUCAUCGUCUGCUUCAAGUGCUUCAACUGCAUAUGUGUCACAGGCUUUGAAACUGCCUUUGGAAAUGCCGAUAAAACAAGAACCCAACGAUAACUUUGAGAGUGAAGGAUUUUUAACACCAACUAGGCUACAGUUCCAACCCACCAUGAAUGACUCUGUUUCAGUCGAAGUUGACGGGUCUGAGAACGACUCCGCCCUAUCUCGUAAAGAGCGAGCAUUUAUGCCCGAAAAUCGGAAAGACGACAACUACUGGGUCAAGCGGAGGAAAAACAAUGAGGCGGCCAAGCGAUCACGAGAAAAACGCAGAGCGCUUGAUCACUUGCUGGAGAGUAAGGUACUUGCCCUUAACGAAGAGAAUUCACGUUUAAAGCGCGAGUUGGAUUUGUUCAUGGGAAAGGACAGAGUGACAGAGAAAACAAAACAACAUUUGAAUGGAACUGUUUUGCCUCUCGAUAUGCACCAUCGUCAUUUGAUGUCAGCAGACAAUUUGAGUGCGCAAAUGGCAGACCGAAAACCAAUUUCUUAUGACUUUAUGUACAGAAGCCCACCAAUGGCUAGGUUAUCUAAUCGAUUGUAUCCGUACACCAUGCCAUCAAUGUGUUCGGAUUUGGUUAUUUCACAAAGCGAACGAAGUGUACCUCAAUUUUUUGGAAACGAUAAGCAAGUUUUCUACCUUGCCUCGUCAUCAAAAGGGACAAUUAAAUAUGAAACAAAACCGAAUCAUACGUUCUUGACAAGCCAGCAUUCUAGUAUUAAAACGUCUCCAAAUGGACAUUACGAUUCAUACGAACCCGCUAACAAAAGAACAAGAAUAGAAACUGAAAGAAAUGAUAAAGCUGUUAAUAUAAAUCCCCACGGUGAUGAUUAUAAUAAUGACAACAAUUCUGAUGACGUUUCAAAAAGUGACGUUGGAGAUGUGAGCAACGACCAUCGCUCUUCGUCAAGCCCCGGUCGUCUUUCCCCAACGCACAGUGCGUUUGCUAGUGGUAUUGAUGCCAAACGCUUACCGCAUAAGUUGAGAGCCAAACUCGGAGCUGUGUCUCCAACUGAAAGCAAUACACCAAACUCUCCAACAUUUCAAAAUUUAGAAACGCAAGACGACAGCACUUCUCUGUCGAGAGUCAAUCUGGAAAAAUUCAACGCGGACGACAGUACCGUUCAUUCGGACUUGCGUAACGUUCGGCUUGAGAUCGGCGGCAUUUGUACACCACCAUCUAGUACAACAAGUGAGGAUAAUGCGCAGAGCUUAGACGCAGAUAAAAAUACAUUGACCACCAAAACAUCACAAGCUGUAGAGAAAAAUGGUGAUGAACAUUCGUUUGAAAUAAAACAAGAACCGACAGAUUGGACUGAGAAUAUUAAUGCAACGUUCACUUCCACACAAGCUACUCGAUUAAGCCACGAGAGGAUGAUGAAGGCCGCCCAAGCAUUAACGGAAAUGGAAGCGUCUGAGGCAAGGACGCAAAAGAGUGCUCAAUCUUCACAGAUGUCGUCAAAUGAUGCAAAAUACUGGGAAAAGCGUCGUCGCAACAACUUUGCGGCGCGAAAAUGCCGCGAGUCAAAACGUCUACUUCAUGAAUAUCGGUGUGCGCGCGCAUCGUAUUUAGAGCACGAAAAUAGCCAACUUCAUUCCGAAAUCGACAUACUCACAAAAGAUGUAGCAAGCCUGAAAGAAAUGUUAAAAGCGAAGCAACAACUUCGUGUUGCAUAGAAUUAACUAGAGACACUUAGUCCUUCCAAUGGCUGUUUAAGUUUCUAUAAAGUAGGCCUAUGCAAUGGAUUGACAGUUACCUAGCGGUCUAUUAUGUAGCAAUAACUUUAAAACAAAAAGCUAUUUGAGAAAUUGCAUGGAAUUAGCUGAUUUCCGUCAAUGACACUUAAAGUACAAACGUUUGGUAAACGCUCCGCUUUGAGUGAUUAAACUGGUGGGCACUACCUUCCCAUCCUAACGCACAUUACACACGGUAUUGUUAACCUAACAAAAUUCCCAUUGUAGAAAAAUUAUUAAUCCGCUAAAAAGAAAAUGCUGCUCCGUUGAUCUUAGUUGUGACUUUCUACAAAGAGUAGGCCUAUAUUAUAAAACUAUUCUAUACUCUUUGGUUUUUAUGUUCGUUUGUUUAUAUAAAUGAUCUGGAUAUAGUUCUACUGUAUCAAUAAAACGAUAAAAACUCA